AUGAAACACAAGGGGGAAGCGCCUGAUAUUCACUCUAUCCCCUUGCUUCCCCUCACCCCUUCCCCCGGACCCCUCGUCACCUGCGCGAAUCUACGGUGUCGGCAUGGCGUGGCGGCAGGUGCCUCAGGAGCGGUAAACACCGCCGGCGGCGGCAUCACGGCAGAGAGCGCGGGGGACGAGCAGGAUCGCCGCGAACUCAUUCGGUUGAGGUCGACGGCGAAAGAUGGCACGCUGUGCUCUCAAGUGAUGAAGAGAGAUUGCUCGACGCCCAAACAAUCUUAA